UACGCUUCAGCUGAGCCAUUUAUACCUCUCUCCCUCUCUUUCUCUCCCCGCUCCUCUUCUCGGUGCUCCGAGGCCUCUCUCUCUCUCUCUAGCGACCAUGGUGCAGCAGCAGCAGCACAGAAUCUACAUCUUGCAGUUCAGGAAGGGCGAGCCCGAGCAGGAGGUGGCAUGCAAGGUGUCGCAGGCCAAGGGCGCCGGCGCCCGCCGGGUCAUGUACUACUACCAGGACUACGGCGGCGGCGGCGGCGGCGGCGGCAAGAGCGGCAAGACGGUGCAGUCCAGGGCGCUCAGCCUGCGGCGCAUCUUGGCCAUGCUCCUGCUCUCCUUGCUCUGCGUCGGCACGCUGUUCGUGGCGCCAGUGUCCUUCCUCUCCUUCGUGCACACCGACGACGGCGGGGCGGAGGCGGCGGCAGCCACGGCGGCGCGGGGAGGGGUGUCCGGGCCGUGCUCGGCCGUGGGCAACGAUAGCCUCUGCUGCGACCGCUCGUCGGAGCGCGCGGACAUCUGCUUCGCGAGGGGCGAUUUGCGCAUGCACUCGGCGAGCGCGUCGUUCCAGCUCGUGUCCGGCAACUCGACGGCGGAGGAGAGGAUACGGCCGUACACACGCAAGUGGGAGGCCAACGUCAUGGCGACGAUCGACGAGGUGCGCCUGCGCCGGGUCUCCCCCGGCGACGCCGCGCGGUGCGACGUGCGCCACGACGUGCCGGCCGUCCUGUUCUCCACCGGCGGGUACACGGGCAACGUGUACCACGAGUUCAACGACGGCAUCCUGCCGCUGUUCGUCACGGCGAACCACCUCCGGCGCCGCGUGGUGUUCGUGAUCCUCGAGUACCACGACUGGUGGAUCACCAAGUACGGCGACGUCGUGACCCAGCUCUCGGCGUUCCCGCCGAUCGACUUCACCGCCGACCGCCGCGUCCACUGCUUCCCCGAGGUGAUCGCCGGCCUCCGCAUCCACGGCGAGCUGACCGUUGACCCAGCGAAGACGCCCGAGGGCAAGAGCAUCGGAGACUUCCGCAGGCUCCUCGACGACGCCUACCGCGGCCGCAUCGAGUUCCUGAAUCGCCUGGAGCGACGCACCGCUCGCAAGCGCCACCGCCGCGGCACCGUCCCCCGCGCGCAGCUCGCGCCGCCGAGGCACACCUCCCACCAGGACAGGCCGAGGCUGGUGAUCGUGUCGCGGAUCGGCUCCCGCGUGAUCGAGAACGAGGCGGACGUGGCGGCGCUGGCCGCGGACGUGGGCUUCGACGUGCGCGUGAUCCGCCCCGACCGCACCACCGAGCUGUGCAAGAUAUACCGGGAGCUCAACGCCAGCGACGCCAUGGUGGGUGUGCACGGCGCGGCCAUGACGCACUUCCUCUUCAUGCGCCCCGGCAAGGUGUUCAUCCAGGUGGUGCCCCUCGGCACGGACUGGGCCGCCGGCGCCUACUACGGCGAGCCGGCGGCGCGGCUCGGCCUGCGGUACGUCGGCUACAAGAUCCUCCCCGAGGAGAGCUCGCUUUCCCGCGAGUACCCCACCGGCGACCCCGUUCUGACGGACCCCGCCGGCGUCGCGCAGCGCGGCUGGGACGUGACCAAGAAGGUGUACCUGGACCGCCAGAACGUCCGGCUGGACCUGGCGCGCUUCAGGGAGGAGCUCGUCAGGGCUCACCGGUACCUGGCCGCCGGCAGGCAGCGGCGGCCGAGAGCAUCCGUGUGAUGUGAUCAAACAGUUUGACCGGCUUAAUUAACCAACAAACAGCUGAAUGGACAUCACCUGCUAUAGUUUUUUCACCUUCUCUUUCCCCCCUUUUGGUUCUACUGACUUGACCUGACAAUUCUUUGCAUUAGUUUUGUGUCUGUCCUGUACCUGUGAUCCAUGGAAAAUUUACAGUCUGAGCUUGCUGUGCAUACAUACUCAAUAAAGAUUCAAUUACAGUGGAUAUACAA